UUACAUAACCACAAUACUUCCUCGAUGUAAACACGGAACAUUUCUCACUUCUUAUUGGCUGUGCUUGCUUAAUUACGACAAAAUGCUGAAGUUGCGUGAGUUAAAACUUCUCCGCGCAUCGGUCGGAAACUCCCCUCGGGCGCUGUCGACCCGGCCAGCAGCCAAUUUGAGCGAUGAAUACACCGAAAAGCCGGAAUACCCGCCCAUCCAAGACUUGUCGUUCAAAGCAAGGAAGAAACGUGCGGCCCAGACAUGGCACGAGCAAGUGAAAAAUGUGACCACGGUUGAGGGCAAACUGAUUAAAGUGAAUAUGCCGCGCUACUAUGGAUUCCGGACGAUAAUGCUGGGCGAUGAGCGGGUUCCCUACAAUUGUCUGCCGCUGUCCCAACACUACACCCGGACGUUGUUCGAGAACGUCCAGAAACUGCCGGAUUUCUACGAUGCGGCCGGCGAGAGUGUUGAUUCCUUCGCAAAGAGUCUUCAGGGAAGCAUUGAGGAUGCUGUUGGGUUUGCAACACUUUGCUUUAGGCAGCGGAAAAGCGAACUUCCAGACGACACCCCUCCAGCCGAACUUGAUCGCCUUCUGGGCUCCGAAAUCGUCACACAAAUCAACCGCCUCCUUUUGAUGGCUUUGCGGGAUGACUGCGCUCAUCUCAGCGAGACUGAGGUUGAUCUGGAUCCGCGGCACGAAGCGUUUUGGUUUGUGGGUGGUGUGGAUCCGCCAGAAUCUGUGAAACGAAUGCGUGAUGGCGUUGAAUGGCAAAAAGAAUUCGUCAAUGAUCCUGUCGACAGAGCUGUGCAAUACAUUGGGCGGCCCUACUUGGCUGUGAGGCAUAGGACGCCACUCAGACCGAUUCGACCCAUGCAGGAGGAGGGCCGGGAAACGUUGGAGAAGGUUCCACUUUAUAAAUACGACGCCAGGACGGUGGGCUUCGCUACCACACAUCGACAUGGGACGACCAUUCCAGGUUUCUGGCCGGGCAGCCCGCAUGAAUUCGGAUUACUAUCCUAUCAAUGUCGUGACUAUCUCCUUAAGAACCCUGACGUAGGGCCAGACACCAACGAUCUACUCCAUGCACACGGAAUUCAGUCGAGUUUCGGUUGGUUGCUUGGCCAAGCGUGCUACCAAGGAUUUUCCACUUACAACGACAUUACCUACCCGCUAUCUACCCAAACAGUCAUUACCAACGGACAAUAUUGGUCAUUUUACGUCUACCAGCUGAACACCACCACCGUCCACUCCGACUGUGUCUACAACAAUCCCAAAGUAAAUUAUUGCUGGGGAUUAAGUCAGACGAAACUAUUCGAAGAAGUUGAUGAAAGCGGAAAGUGCAUUGGAUUUAACGAAGACGUUCUGAAGAAUUUGAUUCACUUUUACGCAAACGUGCCGGAAGAACGUGUUGGCGUCAACAUGAAACCAUAUCUGGGCAAAGCCGAACAGAAAGUUGCUGACAUUGAAGACGACAAACGACGGGCUUUCCUGGAGCGAGUUUUCAAGCAUUUGAUGGCGAAUCGUCCGCGACAUCGUUUGGUACCUGAAACCUACACGUGGGAGAAAAUAUAUAAAAUUGAUAAUAACACACGACCUUUGGAAGCGAAACGAAGAUUCUUCGAGUUGGGCGUUAAUCCUUUCAAGAGACGGCUGGAUGAUCAUUACGGGUAUUAUAUACCGCGGGACUUGAGACCCCUGGGACGACGCAGCAAGAUACGACACGAGAAAAACUAUUAUCCUUAGGCUUGAUUGUCGUGUAUGACGUGUAUAUUUUAUUUUGUUGUUAAUUGGUUAGCUUUAGAAGAGAAUGUGGAGAUAAUAAAUUGGUAAAAAU